AGCUCGUUCUUCUGCGAUCUAUCACAGUCGGUCAUUGUUCUCGUGACCUUGUGGACUCAUCCUUGGGCAUGUUUGUAAGAUGGGUAAAUUGGGCACAACAAUAUUGACUGUUGUUUUAGUUUUCCUAUGCAAGCAAUCUCUCGAAGUCCGUGGAGAUAACAGUGCGCCUUUGAUCGUCCAACCUGAGCACACACUUGCGGGUUCUGACACGGAAAGCGCCACGCCUGGGGCGAUCCAGGAUCCCAGCGCGGCGAAAAAUUUAGCCAAAGAGAUCAGUUCCAAAGCUCUGCCACCACAUCGACAGGAAGACCUAGCAUUGGAGCUGCGUCAUGAAAUUCUUCAAAACAACGACACAACCGAUAAGACGGUACAAUUGGUGCGUGAAAGUCAUUUGCUGAAUGCGUUCCACGAGGCUAUUGACGAGAAGAUUGUGAAUCACACCUUCAUUCACACGUUGAGAAGGGUCGGCGAGCCGCCUGAGAUAAGUGACUACACCAGGGACUCACUGAUCGUUAACUCGAUCCGAGAGGAUGUGAAUUUCACAUUUGGUGAGGGUGUGUUCCAGUGGAAGACGUUGAAGCACAAGACCAACGAUCAGCAUAUGAUAUUUGGGCUGAGCAACGAGAGUAUUGUGGUCCUCUACGAACAAUUUGGCGAAUACGAGCUGAAGCAAACGAUUCCGAUGGAGACACUGCCUACGGCUUUUGAAGUUACUACAGUAUGGGAUACGACGGAAGAGUCGGCGGUUGGUUGUUUGAUUGUUGCGACAGAACUGUCGCUAGUUUGGUACACGAUAAGAGAUAGCACGGGUUUUGUUGCGAAGGAAGAGUGGCGAUGGCCUUUGCUGAAAAUAACGACACUUAUUAAAGUGUUUACUUUUAAGGAUAUCCAUAUGAUUCUGCUCAUAGGAACACACCCGAACAAACAAAAGUCCAUUUCAGCUACCCUGUACGAGUUUCAAUUUGAACAGCAUCAAUUUUGGUUGAUGCAGAAGCUUCAACUGAACUUUCCUUGUAAGACAGUUGGUGUUGUUAAUACUGGGAGCGAGUUUCUGAUUGCGUUUCCUCAAAAUGAUACCGCCCAUGUGUACACCCUCGAAGCUGGUAAGAGAUAUCGUGGAAAAUUCACGCCAAUCGCAAACUUCACCUCGGAACAGCUGAACUCUGUAGGAGCUUUCCAGAUUGGACGCUACGCAUACAUUGCGAUUGGCGGAAAGAAUCCACAAAUCGUUCGCUAUGCGAACGAACAUUUCGAAACACAAAGUCUCCCAACGCAGGCAUUUGAAAUAGUUGAAGCAUUUUUCGAAAUCCCUACCAGCUCCUAUCGAGACGACUUGAUCCUGUUGGUACAGCACAGAACGACCUUCUCAACGCACGACUUGCAGCGAUUGGAACUCUUUGCGUGGAAUGGUGAGUCGUUCGACAUACGGAGUAACAUCCCUUGCUACGUGGAAGAUGAGCUGCACGACUAUGAAGUGUCGUGUCUGCUGGACUUGUACCGCUCCUCAGGUAUCCAUGGUUCUACCGUUGUCCAAGUGGGCAAACAAGUGUCCAUGAUUGUUCCUCGCUACAAAGCCCAUUCGAGUUUGUUCCAUCUACACAUCGAAAUGCUCUCGGCAGAGCAUCCAAUCACCCAGAAGAUUAACGAGAUUCACGAAACGAUCGAAGCCUUCACCAGGAUUAUCGAGUACCAGGAUAUCGUGAUACGACAGGCACUGGCGCUGAUCGGGGAGCCAAGUCUGAUGAACCAAGAACGCAUACUGCUGGAAAACUGCACCAUGGGUCACAUUGAAGCCAACGUUGUGUAUCAGCAUUCGGCGCUCCGCUGGCCGGAUGAUCGCAUCAUUGUUGGAAAUGUCACGUGGACCUACGCAGACACUGCGAUCGACGUUCCCACAAUGGUUUUGGAUAUGGAAAACGAUAAAGCCGAACUGGCCCAGCUGGAACAUCAGCUGCAGUACACCGUCCGACGACACAACGAUAGUUUCUCGUUGAAUCUGGAGCAACCAUUGCACGUGCAUGGACAGGUAGAAGUUGGUGGAUCGCUGGUGACCGAUGAUCUGUACGUGCGACGAUUGGUGGAGGAACCGUUCACAAUACGGGAACCUCGUGACACCGAGGAACCGCUGAGGGAAAUGCAUGUGAAGAAUCUUAAAGUGCAACAUUUGAACUUCGAAACGGUCAAUGGAAUACCGGCGAGUGAACUGGUGUUCAAUACUGGUGAUACGAUAGUGUUAGAGGAUAAGAUAGUGUUCGAAGGAUCGCUGGAGGCGUAUAAUAUUAUUCUCCCGAAAGGAGGCAUGGUUAACGGAGUGGAUUUGAGUGAGUCCACGGUGUAUUUCAACUGCAAGAAUCGUCGCUGGAAAAAGCUGCAUUUCGACUCGGUGGAAGUUCUAGGUGAUGUCUCGGUGGCAGAGUCCAUCAACGGAAUGAAGCUUGACUUGGAGGAGAUUGAUGCGAAAAUGAGGGCUGCUAGUCCCGAGGAGAAUGUAGAUGUUUUGGUUGCGGAUAAGCUAGUGCUAGAUGGAAGCUUGUAUUUCCAGACCAUCAACGGGAUUCCGUGGGGUGACAUCAUUAAUCAUAUCGUGUUGAAAAAUCGGCCGAACAGACUUGCGGAACUUAAGAUCGAAGGAAAUUUAAUACUGAACCAUCCCAACAUCACGGUGUACCAUCUGAAUGGACUUGAAUUUCCCGACGAUUUCUUGCUGUCGAACAGCCCGCGGGAAGCGAUCGUGACCGGACACAAGCGAUUUAUGAACACAACCUACAUCAACACUCUUACCGUCGAGGGAACGGUCAACGGGACCGAUCUACGUGAGCUUAUCACUCUACACGACGACCAGCACAUCGCGGGCAACAUCACCAUCGGCCAGCUGCAGGUUUCGGAGGGACUCGAAGUGAAAGGCACCAUACGGGGCAGUUAUAUGGACGAGUUCCUGAGCAGUCCAACAUUGCUGAGUGCGUCCCACAUCAAAACAGCUUGCCAGUUCGAUCAGCUGCACGUCGAUGGUCCAAUUAUUGUAAAGCACACGAUGAAUGGCAACGAUCUUGACGCUAUCCUUGCCGAUGUUGUGUACGACACUGAACGGAACGUGGAGAUCGUGGGGACCAAACGCAUCGCGUCAGCGGAAUUCCGGGGCGGUUUGACGCUUACGUCCAACAUGAUCAACGGUCACAGUUUGGAUGAGUUCGUGACGCGCAGUACAGACCAGGUGUUGAAUAUCUCGGAGAUCAGUGGAGAUAUAUUCAUUCAACAUUUGACGAUUGAUGGACUGUUUGAUGGAUUGAAUGUCACAGAGAUGGAUCUCAAUUCGAUCAAGAUCUUCGGUGAUCAAUAUACGGGGGCGACGUUGAUAUUUCAGAACCCAAGCGACUCCCCGUAUCCGGAUAUCGAAGCGAACGAGUUGAGGAUUCAAAAGGCGUUGAACUCUAAAAGUAGAUCUGAGUAUAUGGAUAUCGAGCAGGAUGAGUUGGUGUUCACCGGAGAAAUCGACAUCACUGAUUUAGAGGUGGAACAUUUGAAGCUUGUCAACUCGGCUAUUGACGGACCUUCGAAGACGAUCGGCAAUGUGCAUCUGCCAACGUUUGACGAGCUGCGAUUUAGCUUGACGCGACCACAAGACAUCACAGCUCCAUUUUACAUCGAGCAGCUGAUUGUUGCCAAACAGAUUGAAGCAGCAUACGUAAACGGGCAGGAUUUGAGUGGUCUACGAGAGGAGCUUGAUCGUGUUAACAACAUCAAGAGUCAUCUUUUGAUGGGGAACAUUCCGAUCGAAAAUCUCUAUGUGAAGGGUGAUAUACAGGUUAACAUGCUGAAUGACGUUAACUUUGAUGAACUGCUGCAUAAUGUUAUCUGGCUGGAUCGAACCAACCGGAUCCCGGGAACAAUGCGCUUUUUGGAUCCGCUCUACAUUGAGGGCAAUUUCACUGUCAAUGGUUUUGUGAACGAUGUUAACUUUGACGAAUUCGUACAGGAUCUCGCGUUGAAAUCAACGGGAGUGACAGAGUUCACCGCGACCAAAGUGUUCACAAACGGCUUCAUCGUAGGUGGUGAUAUGGAGACCCAAAGCAUCAACAAUAUCGAUGUUCAAGAUAUGGCGUUGAAGAAUCAAACGAUCGUUCUGCACGGCGACCUGGAAAUAAUUGGUCAACUCUCCGUCGAAAAUCUCCAGAUAGAUGGCCUUCUUAACGGGGAACCCGUACAGGACCUGGUGGAUCUGUAUCAAUAUGAUGAGUCCAGGGAUAUGCACGUGAUCAAUGGUGAUAUGUAUUUCGAUAAAGUAUCAAUCAAUUCGUUGAAUAUCAACGGUUCACUCAACCACAUUCCCAAUGUGGAUGUUUAUUUACGCUCGCUAAUCCGAAAAGAUCAGGACUACAUCUUCACCGAACCAAUAACGUUCUUGGAUGAUGUGAUCAUUGAAAAGGACUUCACUAUCAACACUUUAGCAGGAAUAGAUAUUUCCAACAUUGCAAAUGAAAUUGUGAGAAUUAACAGCGAAAUGCCGGUGGAACUGAUGGGAGAGGUAGUAUUCAUGGACUCAGUCUACGUGAAAGAUAUGGCAAUUUACGGAGAUCUCAUUACACCGAAUAUUGAUGGAUUCAACCCCGAUACGUGGAUCCGUAAUGGGAUCAUGGUCAAUAAAGACGUGGAGAUAUACGUUAAAACUAUCUUCCAACCGGGAACUUUGGGGGCGGAUCACAUCAACGUUCAGUACUUGAACGGUCAGCCCACAGAUAUGCUGAUCACUUUGAACACCGAUCAAAACAUCCAAACCGAGCUGUACAUAGACGAGCUAACAAUAACCCAACCCCUAGAGGUUGGGGGACUUAUCAACGGUGUUCAUUUCCCAUACGAAAGGCAGAACACAUUCAUGACCUACGGUACCCAAUGGAUUCGCAUGCCCACAGUUUUCAACUCGAUCCGAGUUCUCAAAUCGCUCACCCUCCCACCGGUCAUCAAUGGUAGGCCCUUCGGCAAACCCGUGGUACUGGGGCCAAAAAUGGUGAUCGAAUCACCCGUUACGUUCCAAAAUCUGCGCGCAAAAUCGCUCCAAACCGAUGACAUGAUCUCCGGGGUAGACUUCAACCAGUGGUACGAAAACAGUCUGUGGCGUACCGGUCGCGAUCAUCAAGUGAUCGACGCGAACGUAUCGGCCACGAAUGUACACUUCCGUGCCAAUGUUGAAGGAAACGGUGUAAUCAAUGGGGUAGAAUUCAAUAAAAUUGUUCAGAAGAUGCGAAGUGUUAGACAGAAUGUGGAUGAACGACUGAAUGAUGUCCGGUCCGAGUUCCGGACGCUUUGUUCCUCGACGAAGGACCUGGUCGACAAGUCCCAGAAUCGGACGUACUUCUUCAAGUACUUCGUCCAGCGACAGGUUAUCAACGAACAUCAAGACAUCCAAUCGUUUCACUUCUUCGAUCAUUUGGGGUACCACUUUUUGGCGCUGAACACCGAGUGCGAUAGUCACUUCUUCCAGUGGGAUCCGGUUGGGAAGGCGUUUGUGCCACUGUUUAAAUCCAAUACCGGCCGAGUAGAGGAGUGGGACACGGUGAUCGAUGACAACCGAGCAGUAUAUCUUGUAACGAGAUCAAUCAAUAAAUCUACAGAGUGCGAGAUCCAUGGAGUAAGUGUCUGGCUUUUCACCGGGGUUCAGCUGCAACAAAUGUGGAAUGCCGCAGAAGUUAAUGCAGCGGAUGCGGUGAAGGCCGACCCGCUGAAAUCUACCAGCUUUUAUCUGCUCAAGGAAGACAAAGUUAUGGAAUACAGCGUGGACGGAAGCGUUUUCGAACAUUGGACGCUUCCGAAAAGCAUUUUGGGAUACCGAUUUAUUCCAAGCGAAGUUGGUUUGGGAUUGUCUUUGAGUGACGGGAAGACACUAGUUCUACUGUCAAACACAAAUCAAACAAGGGACAUCAUUCGUUCGAAACGAAGCAAUAACGAAACGACUGGAAUUGCACUCUUCUCCACCCAAUCCAUGUACGAUCGAAUGUCAAGGAACUACACCCUGCAAACUGUAGGUCCAGAACAUUCGUAUGAGGCAGCGGACGAAAGUGAUCUUUUUGAACCUGGUACACUCAUAUCAACACAAUACCGAUCAGAUACUAACGAAUCGGAGAUUCAUACUCACGACAGCCCACCUAGAAAUGUUCCAUACACAUCGCUCCAUGCGAAUGACACGAUGGAAGCAACGAUCGCGCGAGACAUACCACUGGGUGGUAUUCUCAUCGCGGAGAAUCAACACUUCCCGGAAAAAUUCGGCGGGGAGAUUAUAGCAUUCAAAGCGGGACCACGCAACAAAAAGAGACAUCUGGUAGCGGUUUCGGUUACGGUGGACGCCAUGGUUAAGGGGGACCACGAUGCGAUCAAAAUCUACUUCGACAUCCAGACAGGUAAGCUGUACCAGGUGCUACCCUGUCACCGUCCGUCUCAUCUCGCCGCACUCGAACUCAAAGAUGAAACCAUUAUUGCCUUCCUGGAAUCGCUCCGGGCCGUCCAGAUCUACAUCUACCGCGGUAUGCAAGGGUUCGUUAAAAUUAGUAGCUUCAAGCUGGCUUCCCCAGCGAUUCAGAUGACCGGGCUGUCCCUGCCGCAGUCCUCGCUAUUGAAAUGUAAGUUCCAUUAUCUGGCAAUCGCCACCGAGCAGCAGGAGUUGGUUCUGCUCAAAGCUAGAACGCAAGGUGAUUGCGGACUGGUAGUGGAGAUGAAUUGUGAUGCUGAAUAGAAAUGAAUUUGUAAUAUUAUUGUUUUGUACAAUGUGCGUGAAAUUGUAUUCGAGACUGUUGACUUUUUUAAAUUGUUCCAGCUGGUUUGCGAGCUUUAAAUGUAAUAAAUGAAUAUAAAUUCGGAUUAUUCACCACGGAAA